AAUCAAACAGCGACUUGUCGUGCGUGGAACUACAAUGUCAGAUUCUCAACAAAUGGAGAAAAUUGCGGAGUAUUCUUUUGGAAGUGAAGCCCUGGGCUUUGUUUGAAAAUAAAUCUUGUGUGACUUUGCAUCUCAGCGAUGAAGCUGGGGAAAGCAUUUUCGAAGUGAAACCUGGACAAGUUAUUUCUCCCGCAAAACUUAAGGUUUGUGUUGAAUCACUCAUAUUUUAAUGUGAAUUGACCUUAUAUUAUUGCUCAGUCCCCAAACCAUUCAAAGCUUAGUUUUAUCAAUAAGCGAUUAAAGGGCAUUGGCAGUAAAAAAAUAAUUCGUCUCAAAUCUCAAUGGACCUAUUCCAUAAUGAACAAAAUUUUGAUCUAGACAAUUCUAGACAGAAAUUCCACCACAGCUUGAAAGAGCAUCACAAAAUUAGUAAUAUUCCGAAGUUUCAUUGCGAAAUGUUGUAAAAUGCGGAUAAUAUAGCCCUGCGAAGUUUGCCGUUUUUCAGUGAUUUUGUAUUACGCACGGGAAUUGGGAUACCGAUUGAAACUUUAGUGGAGAUUGAAACUUUGGAAUAUUACUAAUUUUGUGAUGCUCUUUCAAGCUGUGAUGAAAUUUUUGUUUAGACUUGUCUAGAUCAAAAUUUUGUUCAUUAGGGAAUAGGUCCAUUGCUGGUUGUAGAAUAAAGUCUGUAGAAAUACUUAGUGUAAUGUUUGCCUGGUUUAAGUUACUGCCUAUUCUGCAUUUUCGCUUGUUCUUACUGGCAAUAGUGCGGUAUUUUUAUACAGGUGUAUCAGAAAAAAGUAGACAGUUUUGAAACGGCUCUCAAUUUCACAAAUCCGUUUAUGUCAUGAAAUUUUUGAUAAAUAUAGAUUGUUUGGGUCCUUAUAAUGUAGAAUAAUUAUAAACAAAAUUUUUUUGUAAGGAUAAAUUUCCAGAGCAGGGGUGUGUGUCUUUUUUAGCAGCAUUAAAAAUACCUUGCGCGCGAAAUUUAAAAGUUUAAAACGUAUUUUAAGUUCAUGGGCGAGAAAUUUGUUAUGUCCAUACCAAAUAUCAGAAAAUUUGCUCAAUUUUAAGUCCUUUAAAUACCUGCUGAACUUUCAUUUUUUGGCACCAAUGCCUAUCACAUCACGCAUGCUUAAUUCAUGCAUUUAUACCUAAUUUGCAUAUUGUUAUUGUACAAAAAGUAAAAUAACAAUAAAGAAGCAGAAUAAACCAUCUCUGUGAUUUCUGACCAUGAGUUAUAUAAUUCAGUUUCCUUGAAAUAGAAAAAGAUUUUUACUUUCAGUCAUUUCGUGUUGGAGUGCUUCCUGGGUGGCUUGAUGAAAUAACUUGGUCAGACUCCAUUUACCUUGUGGACGGCGAUCAUCCUCACACUCCGGUCAGCAGCAACUCCCUCCAACAGUAUGGUCAGUUAAAAUGCCCAAUAACGGUACCCAGUCCCUCAGGAAAAAAGCUGUGUUCCUUAUUGUUGAUGUCGUGUAUCGUGAAGGGAAUAAGAGUUGUAACUUUGCAAGAAACAAUACGGAUUGUCUGUAGUGCUCUCCCCAGACCUCUGCUCGUGCAACCUGUCAUGGUUAAUGACGUCACUAGCAAGGUAAUUAUAGACCUUUUUCACUUGUCUCAAAAUUGGGCCGGAUAGAGCAACCUUUUGAAUUCGGGCCAGUGUCCAGCUUAUUAAGAGGAGAUUUUUUGUAUGUUACGUAACACGCGCUCAAAACUAAUGCGUAUAAUAUAUCACUUGAGGUUAUGACUAAAUUCAAAUUUGUUAUUUUUCGAUACGUUUCGCAAUCGGCAAACAAACUUAAAAAGUAUGUUUAGUGCUUUAUCUGUAAAGUAAUGCUAAAAUGAAGAGAUUUUAGAUGGUACGCCAAAGAGAAAAUGAUGUCUGAAGUUCAGUAAGUUUUGCUUAUAGGGCUGUAAAUAUGGCGUCAAUUUUAAAGCAUCAAUGAUUAUUGUAUUUUAAAUUGACAAUUUUUGAAUGUUAUUUUAUGUUUCUCAACCGGCAGAUGCAUUUAAAAAGGUUGCUUACUCUAUAAACUAGAGAAUAAAUCUAAAACAAAGUAAUUUUGAGAGGAACGCCAAAAAGAUUUUAGGUUUUCAACACUUUUCAUUGCAAAUACGUGACAUUGAAAAAAAUUGCCUCUUAAUACAUAUUGUUCUAUUUCUUUUAGUUAAAAGAAACAGCGCGCAGUACCCACACUCGACUGAACUUAAACACGGAAAACCACGCAGAUAUUGUAUCCCAAGGAAUUCCAUUCUGGGGCUUAUCUCCUGAAACAGACGUAGCCAAAAGCCAUACCUCUGAAUCACUUUCUCUCCUUAUAUUUGGCAUGCCAAAAUCACCGGACAAGCCUAAUAUACCACCUACUAUUCAGUGGAGUCGCCCGGUCCGAAUCGAACAAGGCAUCAUAAGACAAUGCCUCUUCCUUCAAACCUCGGACCCAGACCCUCCUGUGGCUAUAGUAGUGAUCACUCUGAUUGAAAACGGCUUAAUAAAAGUCGUUAUAACGGAAGACCAAGUUCCGCGGAUGUUGCUAACCAAUCGGUGUGCAGCACCGAUACAGUUCGGACAAUGUCCAAGUACUUCGGACAGACAGAAUGCAAAGACGACAAGCUUAUCCGGGCGAGAUCUUGUAGUGUCUGAAAAUCUAGAGCGAUACACCGCCAUCCCUCGUCUGGGCAGUAAUUGCUCUGUAUACUACGAACCGCCAGAGCUCCGAGAAGGUUUCCUUACAAAGAAACCACAAAUAGUCCCAAAAAUACGAGUUCAAGUUUUAAAAGAGACUAACAUUAAGGAGUUAGCUGGCGAGGGGCAGGAUGGAAAGGGAACUAAGACUAUCUUUAUGCCUCAAGGUUGGAGCGACGCCAUAGAUGUUUGUAAUGUUGGAAAAACAGCGUAUAAUCUGCCUGGGAAUUACAGACUGCAUGUGAAGGUUUUGAAGGAAACGUCGUUUCUGACCCAUGUUGUGUUCUCGGAAACAUGUGGCGAGUCGGAGAAUACGGAUGAAGUACAGGAAGGCGCCGAAGUUAAGGUCAGAAUCUUCUUCGUUCUUGUUUAUACAGGGUGUAUGAAAAAUAUCUCGGUCUGUGCCAAGUGCCAUUGAUUAUCUUCUGUAUUAAAAAGGAUAAUUGAACUUUAAUUGAAGGUUAUUGUGGAUGAAAAUUAUCGAGUGGAAAUUUAUAUAGAGAAUAAUACAUGGGUGCGCGGAAAUACCAGAUUUAUUUCGAGUGGAGAAAUAAAUCUGGUAUUUCCAAGCACCCAUGUAUUUUUCUGUUUAUUAUAUAAAGGACAGUCUUUGAAAAGCGAUAAUUUUUACAGAAAAGCGAUAAUUGAAAAGCGAUAAUUUUCACAUGUGAGAUUAUCAUGAAUAAUCUCACAUGGGAGAUUAUCACUUAUCAGUGCUCGAAAUCUCUUUCAAAAACUCAUUAAUAAUUCAUGAAGCAAUUAUCCAAUCUUGAGUAAGAAAUUAGUCAUGUGCAUACGUCUUUAUACCAGCUAAAGAACACUUUAACAAAAGACCAUUGUUAUGCAAACUAUAUAAAGAUUUUUAUAUAAAGAUUUUUAUAUAAAGAUUUUUAUAUAGAGAUUUGACUUAUUAUGCAAACGUUUUUGAAGCCAUUUAAAAAACUCGCAGGUCGUGUUUUAUUAGGUCUAAAGCCACUUGCGCUGCGCGCUCGUGCCUUUAAACCUAAUAAAACACUCCUGCUCGUUUUUUAAAUAGUACAUAAAGCACUAUACUUUAUAUAAUAAAUACAUUUAUUAGACCUAAACAGGAACAAGCAGGAAUCAAACCUGCGGCCCUGCGAUUCCGGUGCAGCGCUCUAACCAACUGAGCUACAGAGGACAGUUGUCGAGCUCUAACCACAAGUUCAUGUAUAUAUAUAGGGUACUGCAAUGUUUAGGUUAUGGGUAAAUAUGAAGAUUUUGUUGGCAUCUCACUCGAUUGAAUAAUAGUUGAAGGGUCUUGUAGAUAGAAAUUAUCGAGUGGAAAUUCCAUCUACACACGUAAAAAACGCACAAGUUGUAACAAGUCUGCAAACAAAUUGUUACACGUCUGUCCACAAGCUGUCAACAAGUUGUGUUCGCACUGCUUGUUCCCAGUUUGUUGUGACAAGUUUGAAACAAGCUGUUAACAACUUGUAACAAGCUUGAUGGCAUUAUAAGCCUUUUUACAAGAUUGUGCUAACAAGUUUGUUACAGCCAUGAUAUAACAAGGAUGUCACAAGCUUGUCAACACAAGAUUGUAACAAUCUUGUUAUAUCAAGCAUUUCACAGACUUGUCAGAACAAGCUUGCAACAAGUCUGAUAAUUUCGACAAGGUUGUUACAAGUUGUCAACAAGUUGUUCCAAACCUGUUGACAAUUUGUGACAAGCAGUGCGAAUACAUCUUGUUAACAGCUUGUGAACAGACUUGUAACAAACUUGUGCGUUUUUACGUGUGUAACCCAUAAUCGGACUUUAUAUCAUGUUCACAUGCGUUAAGCCCGUUCUCCACUAGGCGAAUUUGUUCGCGCGAACAGUAAAAAAGAUAGAUAGAUUGAUAGAUUAUUUAAUAAGAUUUUACAUCGCAGCCCAAAAAAGCUGAAUUGCGUAAAAUUUAAAAAACAUAUAAAUUAACUGCAGGUUAUAAAGUCAAUAAACACAUGCAUAUACAUAUACACACAUACAAAUACUAAAAGUACACAUAUUUUCAUACAUAUACAUUACGAUCUUUAAGGUUCAAGUUAGACUUAUGUUAUGAAAACAAUUCAUAGCAAACCUAUUUCUUUAAAUUAUUUGACAUUGCGGAAAUAUAAGAGUUUCUAGAACGAUUGGUUCGUAUAGUAGAACAAUAAAACGCACGUUCUCUCCUCAGGUUGUAAGUGGGAUCGUGUUUGGGUGGCAGUAGUUGAUAAAGCUUGUGGUCUGAGUUGGAUACUAUUGUCUUGAAAAGUUUCUCACACAGUUUCUGACGCCUGUCUUUGAGAGAACGAAUAUUAUGCUUGUUAAGAUUGUUCGUAUAAGAUGACCCAGGAGAUAUAAUUGAAAGCGCUCGCUUUUGAAUGCGUUCAAGAUCGUUACAUAAAUAUGCAGGUAAUGAGUGGUGGAAUACAGGUGCACAAUACUCGAGAACUGGUCUGAUGCAAGUACAAUAAAAUUUUAAGAUAUGGUCAGCAGGAAUGCUUGCACGCCUAAGCAAAAUUAGGAAAUACAAACGUUUGUUAGCUUUCUUCACGACAUAGUUGACAUGGUCAAUCCAUUCCAGUGAGUUAGACACCAUGACACCCAAUAUCUUGGCACUGCUGACUAGCUCGAGUUCUUUGGAAUUGAUGAUGGUGGUCUUAAGCUGAUGUUUCACUUUCUUAAAGUCAACUAUCAUUUCCUUACACUUGUCUUCGUUCAACUGGAGCUUGUUGUUUUUACUCCAUUUCUCUACAUCAGACACUGCACUCUGCAUUUGGCUUUGGCUAUUUCUUGGGACAACCUCGGUUAAUGUCGUGUCGUCUACGUACUUCCACGAGUGCCCUUCGGAUGGUUUAAGGUCAUUGAUCAUGAGAAGAAAUAACCAUGGUCCUAAUUUUGUACCCUGUGGAACUCCAGAUGGAACUGCACCCCAUUCGGAGAAGCAAUCGUUGGACAGUUUGACGCGUUGCAGCCUGUUCGAUAAAAAGUCGCAUACCCAGCGAACUACACUACGUGGAACAUUCAGGGAAAGGAUCUUUUUAACUAGGAUCCGAUGAUCGAUGAGAUCAAAUGCCUUCCUGUAGUCUAGCAACACCAUCCUUACCGCUGCACCUGUCCCGUCAGUGGCAGAAGCCCAUGUAUGAAUCAUGGAAAUAAGGGCAUGCGUAGUAGAUGAUUUUGGGAUAGCGCCAUAUUGGUUGGGAUCAAUGAUCUCAACGACGGCAGGGCCAAUAUAAUAUCUUACGAUAAAGUCCUCAGCUAGUUUUGAUAGAAACGGAGUUAGCGAGAUAGGUCUGAUGUGCUUGGUAAUUACAGUCACAGGUUUCGUCUUUGGUAGUGGUGUUACAUUGGCGUACUUCCAUGACAGAGGGAGGGAUUGUUCAGCAAAUGAACUGUUCAGGAUAACACAGACUGGGUUCGCGAGAAACUCGGCAUAAUCUUUAAGGAGCCAGUUCGGCACGCCGUCUGGACCAGAGGCUUUUCGAGGAUUUAGCCUGACUAAUGCUGAGUAAACUGAAGACUCAUCAAGCGUUAGAACUUCCGAAUCAUUAUCAACGGGAGGAAGACUGUCAAGUGAUUGAUAUUCCUGCAUCGGUUCUAGAAGGGCAGUAUUUAUAAGGUUGGCAAUAUCCUUAUUUGACUUUCCAUCAAGUCCAUGAACAUGUAAUUGGGCGCGAAUAUUCUCGGUUGGUGUCGCUGGGAUCAUUCCCGAUAACUUUUUAAUCUCGUUCCACCACUGACUUGGCUUAACAUUCAUGAGGUUCGCAACCCUCGAGGUGUAAUAUCUGCUUCGGAGCACUUUGCGUUCACGGUUAACGAUGUUGCGAAGUUGGCGGAAUCGUUCUUGUUCUCCUUGUUUGUAGGCUUUCUGGCGUAACUUGAUGAGCUUUUUGAAUUCGGGAGUUACCCAAGGAGGAUCGUUAACAUGUAAUUUAAAAGACUUGAGUGGCAUAAUAGUGUCUACGCCAAUUUUAACAAGGUCAAGAAACAGUGUUAGUUUGUCAUCGCAUUUAUUAACAAAAUUGAGAACGGACCAGAUCGAGUAUCUGCUGGCCUCUUGUUGGGGCACUGACGAGCUGUUUCAGUUUGAAUUGCAUGAGAAGUCGACUGAUAUUUAAACGAUUAAAGUCACCAGUGAGUAAUAUUCCACACCCGGGAUAACGUCCUUCAAUAGUUGUCAAUGUUGAUGUCAAGUAUUCCAACAUCGCCUUAUCGCUGGCACCUUCAGGGUAAUGAGUAUGGUACACACUACACAGUGCCAAUAAUGACACAGGGAAUUCCUCUCGGUAGUCGUGCGGGUCUAAUGUAGGUCCAAAGCACCUCGAAUUCUUGAUGGAAUAAGUCAGUGAGGGCUUUGAACAUGAUGGAGUUUUUUUUAUAAAGCCCGACACCCCCGUGAGGACCAGACGUACGGUUCUUUAGCAGUAAGUUGAAGCCAGGAAUUUUAAGGUGAUGCUCGCUAACAGAGUCAUUGAUCCAAGUCUCAGUUAAUGAAAUUAAAUCCGGCUUUGUAUUGUUAACAAAACAUCUCAACUCGUCGAUCUUUGGUGCAAGAGACAUCAUAUUGGCAAGGACAAUGGAUGGACCAAACUCCUUAUUUGAACAAUUGCCAGUCGGCUGUUUGUUCGGUGUAUUCGGACCUGGAUUUGUAGCGAUAUCUCCAGCAAGAAGAAUGCACAUGACUAAAUGUAGACUUUCAUGUUUUAGGUUGAACUCCAAGCCAUAUCGAUAUUUGCGGGGAUAGUUAAAUUUUCGUAAAAACUUAUCCUGAGUUGAUAUCCAUAUAAAACCAAGUCUGUCAGGUAGUAAGGUUAGCUCGGAGGAUAUAAAGAAAUUUUCCAAAGUUGUUUUAUCAUCCAAAAACACACGCUGCAGUUUAGUUCUUGUAGGUAGACAGGAAAUCAUGGUGAUAGUGACAAACCAAAUGAGAAUAUAUCGUGCCAUUUCUUACUGUAAUUUUACCAGUUUGAAACAAGGAAGUUGAAUGUUCUAAUCUUUCUUUUCAAUGAGUUUUGGAAAUCGGAAAAUGCCAAUGAGGAUAGUUUAAUAACUUCUAAUUAGGAUUCCGCGUUCACUUAAAAAUUCUUGAAUGUUCCACUGACGUCGUUCAGCGUGCGGAACUGAUCCAACUUUUUCUCGGCGAAUUUUUUCGCUGACCAAUCACAUUGCCAAGAUUUGUUUUUUCGCUUCGCGCGAAAAAAUUCGCCUAGUGGAGUGUUCUCCACCCUCGGCUUUAGAUAUCGAGUUUAUUGAUAACAUUUUUACACAGCAACAAAGUUCAGUCUUUUAGCUGUCCAAUGAUACAUUUUCUUUGUCAUUAUAUAACAAGAUUUGUACAAAACUUGAAAAUCCUCGAAAGUCCUUGAAUUUUGAAACUCCUCGAGUUUAUAAAAAAGUGCUUGAAAGUCCUUAAAUUGUUCUUGCUUUAGUGGAUAUUUUCUGAAAUUGUUUGACAUUAAGAAUUGAACAUUUUGUAAGUUGAUUUUGUUCAUGUCUUACAAAGGCCAAAGUUGUUUGAAAUUCAUUCAAGUUGCCGUUUGAAUAGUCUGACGCCUUUUCAGCCUUUAGUCUUUGAAUUUCCUGAUACUUGGCCUUGAAUGUCCUUGAAAAGUUCUCGAAUUUAGCUCUUCCUGACAAGUACGAACCCUGUUGUAAAGAAAAGUGAAUAAAAAUUGCCUUACCCAACAAUGUUUACCAAUUUUUUAGAUAAACUGCAACGUGUCAAACGUCAGCGUAUGCCUUCACGAUGAAUCGUCUUGGGUCCAACACACUGAAGUAUUUCGUAUCAAUCUCGAAGACGUCGCUGUCUCAGCGCUCUACAGCGACAAGCUCCAAACUCACAUUGAAUUGAACCUGUCUGACAUACAGAUUGACAAUCAGAUGACGGACGAUUUUUACCAUUUCCCUGUCGUGUUAUUCCCUGGAAAACGAAUCGCGGAGCACGAAACGCAAACAACACCCAUCUUUCUCCGAACGCAAUACGACAUCUGA